GUGCCGCGGGAUGGCUGCUGACGUCAAUAUGGCUGCUGACGUCAAUAUGGCGGUCCCCGGUAGCGGCGCGUUCUUUCGCUUCGAGUUUUGGCCGGGGCGGGGGUCUGGGCUUUAGGCAGGUAGUGUUUAGUUUCACAAUGUUUGGUGACCUGUUUGAAGAGGAUUAUUCCAGUGUGUCAAAUGAUCAUUAUGGAAAAGGGAAGAAAUUAAAGACCAAAGCUUUGGAGCCACCUGCGCCUAGAGAAUUCACCAAUUUAAGUGGAAUCAGAAAUCAGGGUGGAACCUGUUACCUCAAUUCCCUCCUUCAGACUCUUCAUUUCACACCUGAAUUCAGAGAAGCUUUAUUUUCUCUUGGCCCGGAAGAGCUUGGUUCGUUAGAGGAUAAGGAUAAACCUGACGCAAAGGUCCGAAUCAUACCUUUGCAGUUACAGCGGUUGUUUGCACAGCUUCUGCUCUUAGACCAGGAAGCUGCGUCCACCACAGACCUCACUGACAGCUUUGGGUGGACCAGUGAUGAGGAAAUGAGGCAACAUGAUGUACAGGAACUGAAUCGAAUUCUCUUUAGUGCUUUGGAAACUUCUUUAGUUGGGACCUCCGGCCAUGACCUCAUCAAUCGUCUAUAUCACGGAACCAUUGUUAACCAGAUUGUUUGUAAAGAAUGUAAGAAUGUCAGUGAAAAGCAGGAAGACUUCUUAGAUCUCACAGUAGCGGUCAGAAAUGUAUCAGGUUUGGAAGAUGCACUCUGGAACAUGUAUGUGGAAGAGGAAGUUUUUGACUACGACAACUUGUACCACUGUGGGACUUGUGACAGGCUGGUGAAAGCAGCAAAGUCGGCCAAAUUGCGUAAGCUGCCUCCCUUUCUUACUUUUUCAUUAUUAAGAUUUAAUUUUGAUUUUGUGAAGUGUGAACGAUACAAGGAAACAAGCUGUUAUACGUUCCCUCUCCGGAUCAAUCUCAAGCCAUUUUGUGAACAGAGUGAAUUAGAUGACUUGGAAUAUAUGUAUGACCUCUUCUCAGUUAUUAUACACAAAGGUGGUUGCUACGGAGGCCAUUAUCAUGUGUAUAUUAAAGAUGUAGAUCAUUUGGGAAACUGGCAGUUUCAAGAGGACAAAAGUAAUCCAGAUGUGAAUUUGGAAGAUCUUCAAAAUGAAGAGAUUGAUGAUCCAUUGAUGAUUCUAAAAGCAGUCUUAUUACAGGAGGAGAGUAAUCUAAUUCCUGUUGAUCAGCUGGGCCAGAAGCUCUUGAAAAAGAUAGGAAUAUCUUGGAAUAAGAAGUACAGAAAACAGUAUGGACCACUGCGAAAGUUUUUACAGCUUCAUUCUCAGAUAUUUCUGCUCAGUUCAGAUGAAAGUACAGUUAGUCUAUUGAAGGACUGUUCUCUCCAGACUGAGUCUGAUAUACGAAGAAAUGAUCAACAACUUUUGAAGACACUUACUUCAGAACCCCCAGGAUUAAAUGAUAGACCCUCCUGUCCCCACUGGUUUGAUGUAAACGAUUCCCAAGUCCAGCCAAUUAAGGAAGAGGAUAUUGAACAGCAAUUUCAGGGUAAAGAAAGUGCCUACAUGUUGUUUUAUCGGAAGUCCCAGUUACAGAGACCCCCUGAAGCUCGAGCUAACCCAAGGUACAGGGUUCCAUGUCAUUUGCUGAAUGAAAUGGAUGCCGCCAACAUUGAACUACAAAUAAAAAGGGCAGAAUGUGAUUCUACAAACAAUAAUUUUGAAUUGCAUCUCCACCUCGGCCCUUAUUAUCAUUUCUUCAAUGGGGCUCUGCACCCAGUGGUCUCUCAAACAGAAAGCAUGUGGGAUUUGACGUUUGAUAAAAGAAAAACUUUAGGAGAUCUUCGACAAUCAAUAUUUCAGCUGUUAGAAUUUUGGGAAGGAGAUAUGGUUCUUAGUGUUGCAAAGUUUGUACCAGCAGGACUUCAUGUUUACCAGACACUUGAUGGAGAUCACCUGACACUGUGUGAAAUUGAAAUUGCUGAUGGGGAAGACAUCUUUGUAUGGAAUGGGGUGGAGGUUGGCGGAAUCCAGAUUCCAGCUGGUAGUGACUGUGAACCUCUGCUUUUAAAUGUUCUUCAUCCGGCGACAAGCAGUGAAGAAGAGCAGUGUCAGCAGUUGAUAGACUCUCCAUAUGUCUUUCCAUCUAAUGCAGAAAUAGGUAGUGUAUUCACAGCCUGUGCAAUCCCAGACGGAGUCAUCUUAGUCAACAGUGCUGAGUCUGUAGGUGAAGAGAGCUGGACCACCAUUCCCAAGGAAGACUUGAAGAAGACAUUCAGAGAACAAGGUCUCAGAAAUGGAAGCUCAAUUUUAAUUCAGGAUUCUAAUGAUGGUAACAGUUUGUUGACCAAACGAGGGAAGUGGAUCACCACUGUGAAUGAGGUUGACUGGCUCCAAGUUAAAAAUUUAUGCCAAUUAGACUCUGAAGAAGAACAAGUUAAAAUAUCAGCAACUCUUAACACAGUGGUGUUUGAUAUUCGAAUUAAAGCCAUAAAGGAAUUAAAAUUAAUGAAGGAACUAGCCGAGGACAGCUGUUUGAGGCCUAUUGAUAGAGACGGGAAGCUUCUUUGUCCAGUGCCAGACAAUUAUACUUUGAAGGAAGCAGAAUUGAAGAUGGGGAGUUCAUUGGGACUGUGUCCUGGAAAAGCACCAACUUCUUCUCAGCUGUUCCUGUUUUUCGCUGUGGGGAGCGAUGUUCAGCCUGGGACGGAGAUGGAGAUCAUAGUAGAAGAAACAAUAUCUGUGAGAGAUUGUUUAAAGGUAAUGCUGGAGAAAUCUGGCCUAUCAGGAGACGCAUGGCAUUUACGGAAAAUGGAUUGGUGCUAUGAAGCUGGGGAAGCUUUAUGGGAAGAAGAUGCAGCACUGAGGGAGCUCGUGCUCUCUUCUGGAGACACUUUGCUUUUAAUCGAAGGAAAACUUCCUCCUCUGGGUUUCCUGAAGGUGCCCAUCUGGUGGUACCAGCCACGGGGUACCUUGCAUCACUGGAAGAGUCAUCAGGACCAGACAAACUGUACCUUUUCUCAAGGCGGGGUCUGGAGAGCUAAUUCCAUCCAAGAUGCUCCCAGUGACGCGCAUGCAGAAGUUUCCCUCCGCUACUUGGGAGACGUUGAAAUCUCAGAAGAUGCUACGUUGGGGGAGCUGAAGUCUCAGGUCAGCCUUCCUCCUGCAGCGCGUACCUUACUGGUGAUCUGGCUGCUUCCAGCCAUGACCUUGCCCUCCUUCUCGGAGUUUUCCAUCCCAUCGCCCGCCUUCCUUAGAGCCUGGACGGUGGAAAGUAGGCGCCCCGGCAGGCUCUUACGAGUCCACUAUCAGCGGCUCAGGGAAUAUAAAUUGGGACAGAGAACUGAGAUCUGCUUAGAGCCCCUUCAGAAAGAAGAAAACCUGGGCCCCCAGCAUGUGCUGCUGAGGACACAGAUGCGCCUCCCUGGCAAGAGGGCGUAUGCCUUGCCCGUGGACUUGGUGUGGGACACUGCCCGAGGCUGGACGGCCGGCUCCCUGAGGCACCGAGUGGCCGAUUUCUAUUCUCUUCCUGUGGAGAAAAUUGAAAUUGCCAAAUACCUUCCUGAAAAGUUUGAGUGGCUUCCAGUACCUAGCUGGAACCAGCAAAUUACCAAGAGGAAAAAGAAGAAAAAGCAAGAUAAUUUGCAGGGGGCGCCUUAUCACUUGAAAGAUGGAGAUACUAUUGGCAUUAAGAAUCUCCUGGUUGAAGAUGAUGAUGAUUUCAGUACAGUCAGAGAUGACAUUGGAAGAGAAAAACAGAAAGCGUUUGCUCUGGGGAGAAAGAAGCGGAAGCCCUUCGUGUGCGGAGCAGCGACGUCCCCUCUGGUGCAGAGAUGCCUCCCCGCCCCCGUGGACCAGAAGCUUCUCUCUCCAUCCACGUCGGGAGCUUCAGAUAGCACAGGGCCUACACUCCUGCUGCAGGUCCUGGCCCGUUUCCUGGUUUCUGCCCGGUGUGGACACGGACUCAGAGCCCUGCUUUGUCAUGAGCAAAGAGGGCGCUCCAUCGCAGGCCAGGCGAGUGCGCUUGUCACCCGCUCCGUGGCGCGUCCCCCCAGGCUGGCACGGACCUGGCCGCACCACAGGUGCCAACCAGCCGACACCCUCGCGCCAACACUCGAGCCCCGCCACCAUCUUUAUACAAAAAUUGACUAGUUUUGCAUUAACUGCAGGCAUGGGUGACGUGCCACGUGGCUCAUCCCUACACACCUGUCUCUAAAGUACACCCGCCCCACUCUCUCUCUCACGCUGUUCAGGUAUCUGUGGCCGCCCAGGCUCUGACAGCUCGGCUCACAGCGAUGGGCUGGCCAGGCUCACGCUGUGACAUAAACAGGAGUCUGUUUUCUGGUCCCCAAACGGCACGUUUCCCCUUUGGUCUGAGUUAGAAGUGGUUCUGAAGCGUUAGUUACCUCUCUUUCCGGGAUGAGACCGACGGGGCAUCCUCUGAGGUCGGGUGCCGCUGGGGAGGGGGCAGCAUGAGCUGGCGUCCGACCCGUGCUGUCUGUGGUCAGAACAUUCUCGCCGGGGCCUCUUCCUUCUGGGAGCCUGACGGGGAGGCAGGGUCGUGGCUGACAAGCCUGGGAAGGGCUGAGGGGGCAGUCCUGAGGAGCCUCGAUUAAAAUGGGAAAAAGAAAAUGUGAACCAAGAGUCUUCUUAAUGCGGCAUAGCUGGCUCUCCCAUUUAAAAGAUGUAAGUGGUAUUUAUGACAGCUACGUCGCGUCUGUGUUACUGAGCUGAGUGAUUUUGGACACGGGUGACUCACUUUCUCAAGCUAACUCAGUCAGAAGCAGGAAAAACAAAUUCUUUACUUUCUUAUACCUCAGUGAUGCUCUAUAGCGACUCUCUUGCUAGGUAUGGUUAUCUUCUUGAUUUCACAGUUUUUCAUCAGCCUUUUUACCACUGAUGAUAUUAAAAUAAUAGCUCUUAAAUGUAAGGGAUGGAAAGGAAAUGACACGUGGGCUAGGCCUCCGCCUGCACCACCGGCUUAAGGAAAUUGCGUGAAUGUUGCUGCGCCCGUGCUGCUCUUCCGCAGAGCUUGCCACUGAGUGGAACGAAUGCCCUGCCCUUCCUUCCUCUGUCCUCCCUCCUUCCAAACAGUGUCAACACCACCACUAGAAACUCUGGUCUCUGUGUGUGCGUCUGAAAUUGUUGGCUCGCGAAUUACGUACUAAUUUGUAUUGAAGCAGUCGUGUUUUAAGAAGUUGGGCUUUGGCGAGUGCUUCCGGCCUCAAACACUAACUCUGUCUCAGGAGACGCGCACGUGGGGUCCAGACUCUCCAGACGCACCUGGCGGGCAGUGACGAGGCCGAAGUGUAAGCUCCCUGACUGCCCCUCUUGUGUAGAGGCUCUUCUGUCCCUUUUCCCGUAACUGACAGGGCUCCUUGGUGUGCCCCUUCAUUCCACUGUAAUAAAACAUUAAUGUUCUAACUGAAAAGCCUUGCUUCUGAGAAGCCGGCGGCCUUGCUGGGCAUCACCUACCACGACAGGCAGGGGUCGAGGUGCUGCAUGGUGUCCACGGUGAGCGGCCGGGGCCUCGGGUGGUCUCUGCUUGUCGGCUUGCUCCCCUCCUUCCUUCCUUCCUUCCUUCCUUCCUUCCUUCCUUCCUUCCUUCCUUCCAGUUUGGGGAUGGAGUGGGGCUCCAGGGAGAGAGCUGUAAGAGUUUGUUAAAGAAAAAAUAAACUGUUCAAUUUGUAA